UCUUUCCUCACAUCGUUUCUUCUAACACAACAAAAAUCUAAGUCCUUUUGCUCCCAUUUUGGAUUCUCUUUAAUCUUUUUCUUUCUUCCAAGACAUAACAAAUUCUUACAUGUAGUCUUUCUUUUAACGUUUUUGUGUUCACUCUUUAUACAUUUUUGGUUGAUCAUAAAGUUGAUGUCUUUGGCUAUUGGAUCUGCAUCGAGUUCGAGAAACAUGGAGUUUGACGACAAUAACAAGACGAUAGGAGGAGAUAAUAGUGGGGUUAUGAAGACAAAUGAUGAGGAUCAUGAUGGAGGAGAGAGGACAGAAAGGCAGAUGAGUGAGUAUGCAACUGAUCACGAGGAGGAAGAUGAUGAGGGCGGAAGUAACAAAAUUCAGCUAGGUCCACAGUACACCCUCAAAGAACAACUUGAAAAAGACAAGGAUGAUGAGAGCUUGAGGAAAUGGAAGGAGCAGCUUCUUGGGAGUGUGGAUUUGAACACCAUUGGAGAAACACUUGAACCAGAUGUGAAAUUUCUUAGCCUGUCAAUCCUCUCUCCUGGCAGACCUGACAUUAUACUUUCUAUUCCUGAGAACGGGAGGCCCAGAGGCUUAUGGUUUACAUUGAAAGAAGGCAGUCCCUAUAACCUAAAAUUCUCCUUCCAAGUCAGCAAUAACAUUGUAUCAGGCCUGAAAUACACCAACACUGUCUGGAAAACAGGCCUCAAGGUGGACAGCUCGAAAGAAAUGCUUGGAACCUAUAGUCCUCAGCCAGAGCCUUACACGCAUAUGAAUGCACAUGAGACCACGCCCUCGGGCAUUUUUGCUAGAGGAUCAUACUCGGCAAGGUCAAAGUUUCUUGAUGAUGAUAACAAGUGCUACUUGGAGAUCAACUACACCUUCGACAUUCGAAAAGAAUGGGCUGCUACUUAAAUGAUCAGCAGCAAUUUUCCAACAAGCAAUUCACACAUCGACCUUAAUUAAUUAAUUAAUUAAUUUUCUUGACCUUCAUUAGCUUCAAGCCUUCUUCCCUCUUCAGCCAAUGUUUAAUUGUUGUGCCCACUUCCAUUAACAGCCUGUAAUCAUCCCUGUGGUCAGUCAUCACAAUAAUAUUUUGUUUAAGUUUUUUUACAGAAUAUUUUAGUAUUAAGCUAUACGUGUCUUCUUCAAUUCUUUUUUCUGGUAUUAAACAAUGUAGCUGGGACAUACUUUCAUGUCUCUGUUUUUUUUUUUUUUGGGUAAAUUUGAACUCUGAUAUGAGUAUAUUAUUAAAUGGAUACUCAUCUCCCUUUACUUUAUUUAUUUCUCUCCUACAAGUAGAUUGUGUAUAGAUUUAUUACUAAUGUAUCUUUUGUUUUAUAAGUAUAGGACAUUUCAACAUGAUUGAGUGAGA